CCAUUUUUUAGUUUUGUCCUUCCUCCAAAAACGGUAUGGGGUGGGGUAGCCACUGUCUUCUUUAGUACUUUCCGGAGCCCCUCAGCCCCCGGCCGCGCCGCGAGUUCCUAGGCGACUCCUGAGGUAAAGCGGAAGAGAGUCCGGGGGAAGAAAUUCUUGGUAGGACUCAAGGCUCUACGUGACUUCCGGCAGCCGCUGAGGCUCAUGGCGGCUUUAGGACGUCCUCUUCCGAAGGCUCCAGCAGCCCCACGCCCGGCUAGUUCCCGCGCGCGCCGCAAAUCCCGGCGUCCGGGCCCGGUUCCCGGAGCCUUGUAUCCUUCCUCUGUCUCUUCCUGCUCAGAACAACGCGAGUGCACUGACGACGCCUCCAGAGCUCACCCCGUAGGCAGUGAAGGCAACGCAGUCUCGAGAAAACAGAAGAAGAAAGCCCAGAACAGGACUUCAGUAUCUAAUGGAGGCGAGAAGGCUCCGGAGAGGCCCGCCCCAGAGGAAGCCCCACUAAGCGCCGAGGCCCAGACAAGGGCUGAGCAGCUGUCCCGAGAACUGGCCUGGUGCGUGGAGAAGUUGGAGCUUGGCCUCAAGAUGCAGAAACCCACCCCAAAACAGAAAGAGCAGGCUAUUGGAGCGAUUCGAGCCCUUAACAGUCAAAGAACUCCCCUUCCCCGGAAGAGGCAGCUAAUGCACUCCUUGUUUGGGAACUACAGGGCUCAGAUGGAGGCUGAGUGGCAAGAGGCUCUGCGAGGUCUCAGGGCAGCUGCCAAUUCAGCCCAGGUACAGCCUGUAGGUGAGUCUGCCAGAAAGAAGAGCCGAAGGGUCUGCAGGCCCCGUCUAGGAGGGAGAGCCAAGGCUACUGUUGAUACUCCUGAUGAAGACUUUAGGUUCAAUUUCUUUUAGCCUCUUCUUCAUCUUGGAACAGUUGUCACCAUGUAAUGAGUGAAAAGAGUAUGCUGUCUGUGUUAUAGUAAGUACACAUAAGCAGGGGCCUGGCACUGCUGGGUAUGGGUUCUCACCCCAAUCCUUGGUCUUUUGUCCAUAGUGCCUUUUUUUGAGCAGGUAUCAUCCUCAGGGUACCAGUUUAGCCUCCACUGAGUCAGUCUCUGUUCUUAGGAGCCGAGGAACUUUUUACCCUUUGGUCUUACCCGGGGACCUGGAUUAAGCCUUAGUGCACUACCCAUCUAAAUGCUGAUUACUUUAGAUGUCAGUCCCACGCCCUCUGUUUCCAUGAGUUGGGGUUUUCACAUGACCUAGGAGACCUGAGGAGUCCUCCUCAGCAGCUUGAUCUAUGCUGGUGUUUCCUAAGCUUGCAUUCCAAACUAGAUAGAACCUAGAGGCCAUCUGUCUGCUCAUUCUGAUGAGUGUUUCAUAAGCAAAUCAGACUACAUGUUCCAAACACCUAACCAGACUCCACAAUCACUUUUUGCACAGUGGCACUGCUGCCUCAUCUAGUUGAUUAGGCCACAAACCUGUGUCAUUCUUGACCUCAUGUGUUCAGUGCUUCAGCUGGUAGGUCAACUCUCCUUUCAAGUCUGCAUUUUCUUUACAAGUUCUGACCCUGUCUCUUAACUUGACUGUUGUGUUAAACUGAUGUCAAAUCUUUCUUCUGAUAGCCAGAGCUAUCCUUAAUAUAUUUCAUAUCAUGUUUCUCCAGGUCACUGGCUUCAGUGAGCCUGGAAUACAAUCUGAAGGCCAACAUACAAAGCUCUACAUAUGGCAUCUGGUGUACCCUCUGCUUUUGAGGUAACCAAACUUAAUCCUGCCUUGAGGUCUUUGGUCUUGCUGUCCCAUUUGCUUGGAUUGCUCUUCCUCCAGAUCUUAGCGUGACUGGUCUCUGGAAAAGUAAGAAUCAGUUUGUGUGAGCAGUCAGUGUUCACCCUGUUACUCAUUAUCCAAGGUAAGAGAUUUUGAUAAAACCAGGAUUAUUAAUAGGAAAUAGAUUUCCUUCCAUAGUCACCAUGCAAAUGUAAGUUAUUCAGAUGACCCCUUAUUUGAGUGUUUCCUUUUAAACUGAAUCCUUAUUUAUUAAAAUUAUAGGAGUCAUUAGUAAAAGGGACACAUCCUGAUCUCAGGACAAUGCCUUGAUUUACAGCCUAGAUGCAGAGAUUCAGAUAAGUGUCUGAGACUCUGCAUUCUGCAUUCUGGUUUCCAGGGAAAUAGGAUCCUGGUCUAUUUCACAGUUCAGACCUGACAUUGAAUCUAGUCUAUAGCCCUUAAUGUGUGCCCAUCAAAGUACUUCAUGUAGAUUUCACCUAAACACUUUCCACUAAAUAUUGUAUUAACCUUGUCUCUCUGCUGAGAUGCCUCCUGAGUCUUUGUGUAGUCCUCUUUAUCACAGUGAGCUGGCAGACCAAUUGUUGGGCUCUCUGUCCAUUAUUAACUUCGAAUGAGAGACCAGGACAGUCCUUACCCUUUGGAUUGUAUUAUCACCUGCCACCUUUUCCCCACCCUGUUUCCCAUGGUCUGUUUGACCCUUUUUCCUCAGCUCUGGUUCUAGGAGUUUGGAAGGCCUGAGAAAAGGAGAAACGAGGGGUAGAUUGUCCCCUUUUUCCUUUUGUGUUAUCUCUAUGGUUAGUGUUAGGGAUAAUGGUUAGGUUUGGGAAUGGGAUUAGGGUUACAGUUCAAGUUAAAGUUGGGUUCAGAUUUGAGUUAAGAGUUGGGUUAGAGUUAGGGUUUGAGAAGGGAUGGGUCAGUGGGAAUGCCCAUGGUUUGGAGGAACAAAGAAUAAGGGAGCUGGAUGAGUGGGCCAAAACUUGCUUCUCUGGAAAUCCCAUGGUAAGGAUGGGGGUUUUGACCUUUGGUGAGUCAGAGCCUUCUGGGGAUUUGGAAGAAAAAGAUGUGACUGACUUUAAAGGUCUUUCUAAUUGCUGGGUUUAGAACACUUUUCACUUAUUUGCCAUAUGCCUGGGAGCAGCUCAGCCUCAACUAAAUGGGUGUAACUCAGUAGCACUGCAAGGAAGCUGCAUUCCUAGAAAAUCCAGAAUAAGUUAAGACUGCCAAAAUAUUAUUUGUAUAUAACAAGCCUAUAUUCUUAGCAUGUGUGAGGCUGGCAGGACCUGUCUGUGGUAGAAGAACACCCAGGGGCACUCACAUCCACAAUCCCUAACCCAUCCUGUACCUGCACUGUGCCAGUAAGUGCAGAUGGAGGACAUGUUCAAGAAGGAAGAACACUUGGAGAGGGGGAUGGCAGAGGUAUCCAUGCAGAACAGGUGCCUGGAAGAUGCCCUCCAGGAAGUGCAGGACCAGAGAAACUACAUGCAGAGAAAGCUUGGGAACUACGAAAGGGACAAGGAGGUUCUGGUCGUGAUUUUCUUACUGAAUUCCUCUCCUUUCUUACCAGGUGCUUUCCUGGGCUCAAGAGGGAAGCACAUGGGGCACUUCUGGAACCUAAAACCAGGAUUGGCCCUAAGGGCAGGAAGAGAGAGAUAAGGAGCCUGGGCUUUCUCCUGUAGCUCUUCUGCAGCUGCAGUGUGGGUGAUGAGGCCCUAGUGCUCCAUGUGUCACACUGACCAGCCUGGGUAGGGCCUGGCUGCUGGAGUCUUCCGGCCUCCAUUGUUCCUGAUGAUUAUUUCUGGCCUUGUCAUUUUCUUGUUUUACAUGGAUGCCUGUGAGUCCUGAAUAACUCUUGUUCUCCAGUAUAUAAAAGCACAGUUGAAGAUUAUUGAGAGACAAUAAGGGUUGGAUGGAAGACUGGGUCAAAGAGAGCCUACUCUUCCCUCCACUGGGGAAUGCAGGGCUGGGAGAGUGGGUUGGGCGAGAGGAGCAUAGGUUCUGUGAACUAUUAAGAGACCAAUCUGACAGGACUUGUUCCUCAUUGAGAGUCUAGGAGGGUCCAAGAUGAUGUGCCCACACUUCUUGUAAAGGAGAACAGUUGUUUACCCACAGAGGAGUAGUAGCAGUGCCUGUAAGACCCUGGUUACUGGGAUAAGCUGGAUCUUGGGCCGAGGUUGGGGUAGCCACACAAUAAGGGCCUGUGAGGGCCACAGCAACAAGGCCUAAGAUUGGAGGCUCAGCUUUAUGUCUGCACCCUAUUGGGCUCCUACUCAGGAAGGGCUGGUCACCUGGAGCACAGGCAGGUGGGAAGUGAGGUCCUGCUGUGGAAAGUGGAGGGAGGGACCUUCCCUCCCCUUGAGAAGGGCAAGCUGACAUUGAGCUGGACACUGUCCUUUGCCUCCAAGCAGCUAAGAUGGCAGCUGAUAGUCAUAGCCACCAUGGUCAGGGUCCAGUUGGCACUAAAUGUGGGCCAGUCCUUGCCUUUCCUGGUCAUGGUUACCCUGUUUUAUGGGUGAGGAACCUUCCAGGGAAAUGACAAUGUCUUCCUGCAGGGACAUUUUUCUCAGACUGGGCCAGUAAGGGUUUGAGGGGCUUCUCUGGGCUGUAGUCUGUUGGUGGCAGGCUGGGUCUAGUUUUCAGUCUUGUACCUGCAGCACCCCUCAGGCAGAAGCACCAGCAGCCUCACCAUGUGGGGGCAUCUGAGGGGCUAGGACCUGCAGACCCAGGCCCUCAACAAGGGAGGAUGAGGAAAAAAUGCACGCUGUGCUACCUGCAUCUCCAUGAAGAAG